GACGUCCCAUCAACGGGUGUGGUCGGGCUGCUCACCUGACGCGAGGCGUGACGUCACGCCUCCGACAUCCACAAGACCGACGGCAGUUUGUCCGCCAGCAGCAGCAGCGAUCGAUCGAUCGAUCAUGGCGGCGAGGACGCGAUGGGUCCGGCUGCUCGUCCUGGCGUGUUUCCUGCGGAGCUGCGCGUCACAGACAGACCCCGGCAGCCGAGGCUUCGGCGGCACUGAGACGGACGACGGGGUGUGGGUCAACGCCGUGGCCAGGCAGGUCCUCGGCAGCCGCCUCACCACCGUCUUCCUCCCCGUCGUCUACAUCCUGGUGUUCGCCGUGGGGCUGCCCACCAACGCCCUCGCCAUCUGGGUCUUCCUCUUCAGGAGCAAGAAGAAGCACCCGUCCUCCAUCUACAUGGCCAACCUGGCCCUGGCCGACCUGCUCUUCGUCAUCUGGGUCCCCUUGAAGAUCGCGUACCACUUCAACGGCAACAACUGGACCUACGGCGAGCCGCUGUGCAAGGUGCUGGUGGCCUUCUUCUACGGCAACAUGUACUGCUCCAUCGCCUUCAUCGCCUGCAUAAGCGUGCAGCGCUACUGGGCCGUGGUCCACCCGCUCUCGCGGCCGAGGAGCGCCAACGCCGUCGCCGUCGGAGUUUCCGUCGCCGUGUGGGCGGUGGUCUGGCUCCUCACCAUUCCCCUCUACUUGUACGACCAGGAGGUCCGCGUGGCCAACCUCGACAUCCUCACCUGCCACGACGUCACCCGGCCCAGCCAGAAGGAAAUGGCGGCGGGCUAUUUCCUGACGAUGGGGACGCUGGGGUUCGUGGCGCCCACCGCCGUGUGCGUCGUGUCCUACGUGCUCAUGCUCCGGGCUCUCCGCAACAGCAUGGCGGACCCCGCCAUCGCCAGGAGGCGCAAGAAGGCCGUGGUCCUGAUCAUCACCGUGCUGGUGAUGUUCCUGGUGUGCUUCGCCCCGAGCAACGUCAUGCUGCUGGUGCACUACGUCCUCCUGCUGGGAGAAGCGGAGAACAACCUGUACGGCUUCUACGUGUCCGCGCUGUGCUUGGCGAGCCUCAACAGCUGCCUGGACCCCUUCAUCUACUACUUCAUCUCGGAGGACUUCCGGGACCACGUGAAGAACACGUUCCUCUGCAGGAGCGAGAGGACGGUGGAGAGGAUGAGGGUCUCCUUCAGCGCCCUCAAGUACUCCAAGAAGAGCCAAAAGUACACGUCCAGUUCGGGGAACACGCAGAGCACCGAGGGCUGACUCCUCCCCUCCAGAGACGCCGCUCCGCGGUGGACUUCUUCUCUGUGACCGUCUGCAUCAUUCAGGAAACUUAAAAGCUUUAAGCUGUCUACUGUUUUUUUUUUUUAAACUAUGCAUUUUAAAUUUUGUCACUUUUUAUUGUACAACUUGUAUUUAAUAUUCUCAUUUGAUUUUUAUUUUUCAUAUAUUAUCUUUGAGUCCAAGCUGUCCUGAAUGGUUUAACAUGCGUGAUGUGGAUUUACCUCUUGUAUGAAUUUCUUUUAUUUUUGAUAAACCGGCAGAUCUGUUCUCAUCAUUAAACUCAAAGGUGUAAAAAGUAAUAUUCAGAAUGCCAUCGAUAGAUUUCUCUUGAGUGAGUCCCGUCAGUAACCUGGUUAAACGUUUUAGUCGGUGAACUUUUCUCUGUCAGGACGGCAAAAGGUCGACACUCCUCAUGUUUAAUCUUUGCUGUAAAUUCAUUCAUUUAUUACGGGUCUAUCGGAAUUUACAAAGAAAGCUAAAAACGCCUUUUCUUCUAGAGUACUUUUCUUUUUUUGUUCUCGGAUUGAAACUUAAACAAACCGGUCAUGAGAUUUAUAAAUGAUUGUUUGGACUCCAGCUGAUCUGUAUUUACACCUCAAAUAAAAGCCUCUGUAUGUGAGCACA